UCUGUUUGCUGCACUCUGUUAGAUUAAACAGAAGAGAGCAAAAGAUAACACAUAAAUUUACCAUUCAUCUGUUUCUGACCUCACACGAAAAGAGCGUCAAUGGCGCUUCAGCUUUCAAUUCUACGUUUCCAUUCUCCCACUCUCUCCUUCCACUUUUUUCAUUCCCCAACCAAAACCAAAGCGUCUGCUUCUAUUUCAGCUCUCGCCUCCACUGCUUCCUCCUCCAUUCAGAUUGUUGGUGGCCAAAAAUUGAUUCGGCAUGGAAAUUCAAAUUCCAAUGGCGGUUUUGAGAGCUACGAUGAAGAAUUUGAUUGGGUUGAUUUGGAUGCUGAUCUUUAUUACUGGACCAAGCCUUUGCGGCCCGUUCAGUGGUAUCCUGGUCAUAUUGCGAAAACUGAAAAGGAACUUAAAGAACAACUCAAGUUGAUGGAUGUCGUCAUUGAAGUGCGUGACGCUAGAAUUCCCUUGUCCACUAGUCAUCCUCAGAUGGAUUCGUGGCUCGGUAAUAGGAAAAGAAUUUUAGUGUUGAAUAGAGAAGACAUGAUAUCUACAGCAGAUAGGAAUGCGUGGGCAACUUAUUAUGCAAUGCAGGGAACUAAAGUUAUCUUCUCCAAUGGAAAGCUUGGAAUGGGCACUAUGAAGUUAAGUCGGUUAGCGAAGGCACUGGCAGCUGGUGUAAAUGUCAAACGCAAAGCCAAAGGACUCCUCCCUCGUCCGGUUCGAGCUGGAAUAGUUGGAUAUCCAAAUGUUGGCAAGUCAUCUUUAAUCAAUCGUUUGCUGAAGCGGCGGAUGUGUCCAGCAGCUCCCAGACCAGGUGUUACAAGAGAAUUGAAAUGGGUUCGUUUUGGUAAAGAUCUUGAAUUUUUGGACUCUCCUGGAAUAAUCCCAAUGAGGAUUAGCGAUCAAGCAGCUGCAAUAAAGCUUGCCAUAUGUGAUGACAUUGGAGAGAGAUCCUAUGAUGUUACUGAUGUUGCAGUGAUUCUUGUCCAAAUGCUGGCAAGGAUUCCAACAGUAGGCUCAAAGGCACUUCAAAACCGUUACAAGAUUGACGUGGAUGGUAACUGUGGUAAAAUAUUUAUUCAGAAGCUUGCUCUCCAUUUGUUUAAUGGGGAUUCCCACCAGGCAGCAUUCAGGGUCUUGUCAGAUUUCCGGAAAGGAAGGUUUGGUUGGAUUUCACUGGAGAGGCCCCCCAGGUAACAUCUCAGGGUGCUUGCAUUGCGUCCAAGAUGAUGUAAAGCUUCUGUGAGCCCCUCCUGGUGUCUCUUGAGUGGUGAAGGGUGAGAGCUGUCAACUAGUGAAUUUAGAAAUCCUGUAGGUUUUGGUUGACUGCAGUGCCUUAGCGAAGAGAAAAACUUCAUUUUAUUGUAAUUGCACUGAUUAAGGAGACAAAAGAGGCAGCAAGUUUUUAGAAAGGGCUGAAAAGUGAAGUCAUGGUGAAAAUGGAUAUUUCUCACCAAAAGGUUAGUAUACUAGAUUUUAUUAUUACUUUUUCAAUAUGCAUUCUCCCCGGAGACCCAAUUGCAUCAAGCCUGUUACAUAUUCUGUACUCCUCUUGUAUAGCAAAUGUUUGCAAAUUAUAACUCAUCUCCAGAUUUAUGU